AAGAUGGCGCCGCAAGAGCGAACUCCUUGUUGUGAAGAAGAACCCCGCCAAAGUACACCCAUAGAAAACAAUUUGUCAAACAUAGAUUUAAGCGGCAGUUUCGUAAACAAAGGAUACACAAAUGACCCAGGUGAUAGUGCGGAUAGUGUUGCCAGCACAAAAAGAGUCACAGAUGACGGGGAAAAGAGGAAAAAAGUCACAGACUUCGACGAUUUGUUGCCAUAUGUAGGAGAGUUUGGGAUGUAUCAGAAGAUUUUGUUUUUGUUAAUGAUACCGUUCGCGUUUUUCGUGUCAUUUGUGUAUUUUUCGCAAAUCUUCAUGACGAUUGUGCCGGAGCAGCAUUGGUGUUGGAUACCGGAGUUGGCCAAUUUAACAGUGGAAGGAAGACGAGCAUUAGCCAUACCACCGAAGACAGAAGGACCCUACGCCCACGACAGGUGUCAUAUGUACCAGGCCGACUGGACUCUCGCGUUGGCUCAGGGUAGAACCACGCCUGAUGAUGAGUGGCCGAUCGUACCCUGCACCGGAAGCUGGGAGUAUAAUAGGAGCGAUGUGCCAUACGAAACUAUUGCGUCACAGUUGGACUGGGUGUGCGACAAGGACAACCUACCAGCAACCGCGCAGGCUAUCUUCUUCUGCGGUGCCAUCGUCGGUGGGUUGGUCUUCGGGUGGAUAGCUGAUAAGUACGGCCGGAUACCUGCCUUAGUUGGCACGAACCUGGUGGGCUUCGCCGCCGGCAUAGCCACCGCGUUCUGCAACGCGUUCUGGUCGUUCGCUUUAUGCCGGUUCCUCGUGGGACUGGCGUUUGACAACUGCUUCACUAUGAUGUAUAUCUUGGUUCUGGAAUACGUGGGACCGAAAUGGCGUACAUUUGUAGCCAAUAUGUCAAUAGCGAUAUUCUUUACUCUCGGCGCGAGCCUUCUACCCUGGAUAGCGCUGUGGGCGGAUGACUGGAGGAGGUACGCCCUUGGGAUCAGCGCGCCCUUCAUCAUCGCCGCAGCCACUCCUUGGCUGGUGCCAGAGAGUGCAAGAUGGUUGUUAUCGCAAGGCAAGAUCGACAAAGCUAUGGUCAUUAUGAAGAAAUUCGAAAGAAUUAACAAAACGAAGAUACCUGACAAAGUGUUGAAUGAGUUUACGGAUGCAACUCAAAAAGCGAUCAAGGAAUCCGAAGCUGAAUCCAAAACUUAUUCAGUUCUGGACAUCUUCCGGACACCCCGGCUACGACGCAAUGCUUUGCUCCUCAUAGUCAUUUGGAUGGCCAUAUCCCUGGUGUUCGACGGCCAUGUACGGAACGUCGGGUCUUUGGGUCUAGACAUAUUCCUGACCUUCACUAUUGCGACCGCCACGGAGUUCCCAGCUGAUACGUUUUUGACUGUGGUGCUUGAUAGAUGGGGCAGGAGGUGGCUGGCUUGUGGGUCCAUGGUAGUUAGUGGCAUUUUCAGUUUACUGGCCACAGCUGUUCCCGUUGGUGGUCCUUCAGCAUCUCUAGCCAUCCUCGGUAGAUUCGCCGUCAACAUAUCCUAUAACAUCGGGUUACAAUACGCGGCUGAGUUGCUACCAACUGUGGUCCGGGCUCAAGGAGUCGCUUUAAUCCACAUCAUGGGAUAUGUGGCGUCAAUAGUCGCUCCUUUUGUCGUUUACCUGGGUAACAUAUCUCAAGACCUGCCGCUCCUAAUCCUGGGCGUACUUGGCAUAGCGGGCGGCUUUCUGUGUCUGCUGCUUCCGGAGACGAUGGACACAGAGAUGCCGCAAACCCUCGCUGACGGAGAGAACUUCGGCAAGGAUCAGACGUUCUGGGAUAUGCCAUGUUUUCCCAGAAAGAAGAACGAGACAAGUAUCCCAGAGACAUACAACACUCGAUCUUCGGCGCGAAAUCAAGAAGAUCACUUCAUAAGAUCCUUGCCGGCUUCUGGGUCCAGGGCUUCCGUUAGAGCUUCUAUCAGAUUAUCGUCUAGGUCCGCGAGGAGAAACCAGGACAACAGUGGAGUUUGAUUCUAAUUCCUAGAGGAUAAAUAAAACUUGGCUAUGACAAUGAACCUAUGGAAACUUUGACCAAUUGAUUUGCCGAAGUGUGAUUGUGAGAUAAACGGAAUUGUUGUUAGGUAUUAUCUGCAAUGGCUGAAACUGAUAAUAAGUUACUCAGGGUUUGUCAUAUAAUCCAACCAGUCUGCAUUGGAACAGAGAGGUGUGUCUAAUCUCUUAUUAAAUAUUGUUUCUAAUGAGAGAAGAGGAGAAGUUUCUAAAAUCUUUGCUAUAAUUAUCAUACCUCAGUUUUUUGAAACAAGAACAGUUCACAUGCGAUGUUACCUUGGAACAUUUUAAAACGCAGUUUUGUUGCAAAGUAACAUUAAAAGCUUAUAAAUAACGCAGUUUUUGUCCCAAGUGACUGCAACCUCAGACUGAAAAACUGAGUUUGUGAUGAUAACGAUCGAUCGAUCAAAAAUUGCAGACCUAACAGCAUAUCCAGUUAAAAUUUGGGACAUAGAUAAUUGUGGUGACAUUAGCAUACCCUGAGAAAGGAUUUUCAUAAGUCCUACGAGCUUGAAUUCUACGCCUAUAACUCGUGGUGGGAUUAGCUAUGUCAUCGAAUAUUUAUAUUAUUUUGUAUUUCAUUUUUUUAAUAUUCGAACGAUCUCUUA